ACACGGGCGCGGUUUAUAAAGUUGUCUUUCGUGUAAGAUCUUUUCGUUGUUUUCUUCCGUUCCUUCAGGGAGUAAGAGACAAUCCAAACGUGUUUUGAAGUACUGUUAAAUGUAUCGAUGAUAGGAGCGGAUUUCUAUUUAAUUAUUGCUAUGUUCAACCUGUUUCAAUAGGAGUUCAAACUCCUCUCCAGCUUUUGUUUACUGUUACUGGAAUAUUGUUAUUAUAAUAAUACAUUAUUAGAAAAAUGGAAGGUGGUACCAUAAUAGACACAUUUUUCACCAGCUCAUCUUUUGAUGCAUUCGAUGUGUUGUAUUCAUUACUAUUUGCUCUUCUUGUGUUUUGUGUUUUGGCACCAACUACGGAGUUUAUAUCAGCUGGUGUGACACUGGAGAACUUUUUCAGUCGGUUUCUUGGCAAUGAAAAUUUACACUUCGUCCAGUAUCAUUUAAAAAGAACGGUUAUGGUACGGAUUUUUUCAUCGUCCUUAAUAUUUCUAUAUUUCAUUUUCAUGCAAUCGUUAUCCAAGAAUGUAGCACUCGCUGCUCCAAAUAUCUCAGUUCCAUUUACAAUUUGGGAUGUAAUUUUAUGGAUUGGUAUAGGCAGUUUCUCUAUUAUAGGUCUACACACCUACUUAGUAUGGUAUGGAUUUGGUUCAUGGUAUGGUCAUCCAACAAUUUUAUCAUUGCAACAAAUCAUUAUGGAGUCAAGAUCUAGAACACAGUCAGCUACAUCACCAUCGACAUCAUUUUCCUUGUCUAAUGGUACACUUGAUAUUGCUAUAAGGGCUGUAAUAUCAUCAAUAAAUUCUGAAUAUCAAGGUUCUGACAAAUUUGUAGCCGGUCAUGGAAGUCUAUCGACUAAUUGGCCGGGUCGACGAUUUAUUGUAACUAAUUCAUGGAUCUUGGCCACACGUUUAACAGAAUUUAAAGUGGUCAAACAAUCCUCAGAAAAUAUGCUGGCUAUCGUCGCUUCAGCCUUUUCGGUGUUGGAUCCGGGCUCUUUAACUCAAGGUGGUCAACCAGAUGGAGAGAAUUUAGGUGUACAAACAAUGGUCACAGUUAGAUUUGUACGUACUGAUACAGGAGUAUGUAUGCUUAGUUUUGGAUUGCCAGCAUCGAACUUAGAUGAAUUACGUAGUAAACUUCAAUGUUCUCUUAUACGAGCACAAGGUGUUGAAUUGGAGCCAACAAUUAUCCAACGAUUUAUUGAAGCAUUCACAAAGGUUGUCGAUGAAAAUCCAUCUGUAAAACUACCAGCUGGUUAUGAAUUAGAACAGUGCAUUGGAUGUAUGGUCCAACAGGUGAAUGUUACACUUAACCGCCAAUGUGAAUCUUCCGCAUUAUCAUCAGUCAGUAAUGAUCAAUCAACAGAUAGUAAUCUAUGUGGUAUAUGCUAUUGUAGACCAUUAUGGUGUUUAGAAUGUUUAGCACGUUGGUUUGCUUCAAGGCAAACAAAUAAUCAUCGACCACCUAGCCAAUGGCUUUCGGGACGUGUUUCGUGUCCAACUUGUCGUACCUACUUUUGUGCUCGUGAUGUUUCACGACUUAGUGUCAGUCAACAGUCGGAUUAAGUUUUAUAUUGAAUAAAUAUGUUCAGAGAAUAGAAGUAUCUAAAUUGUGAUAUAUAUAUAUAUAUACUCUCCUCCUUCCUUUCGUUCACAAACACAGUUUGUGAGUGAAUAUGAUUGUAUGUUUUUCAUAGUUUUUCACUUAUGUGCACAUUUAUGCGGUGUUUAUUUCCUGUGCUGCUUUCCCUUCUGUAUUUUGCCUUAUUAUUUAGUGCCUUUUUUUUUUAUUAUUAAUCUGCUGAAAUUGUUUGUUUUGUUCUCAUUUUCAUUCGAAAAGGAGUUGCGGCAAUUUUUCAAUAAAACAUUAACC